GGUGUUAGGUUAUAAAAAAUAAAAAAAAUCUAAAAAAUCUUAGCCACAGAGGCAGAGGCAGAGGAGGAGAUGGAGACGAUGAUGAUGAUGAGCUGCGUUUCGAUUUCGAGUUCAGUGACAAGAGGCGCUAUUAGCGUGGGUUCCUCUUCAUCUUUGUGUUUCGGCACACCCAAGUUGUUCAAUUCAGCAAGGGUUGCGGUAAAUGGUCGGCGAAGAAACAAAGGUUUGAGUUGCAACGCCAUGUUCGGUCUGGGGGUGCCCGAACUGGUCGUUAUUGCCGGCGUGGCCGCCCUGGUUUUUGGGCCCAAGAAAUUGCCUGAAGUCGGCCGUAGCAUCGGCAAGACUGUAAAGAGCUUCCAACAGGCUGCAAAGGAGUUUGAGUCGGAGCUUAAGAAGGAACCUGAUUCCACCCAGGGGGACUCAUCCGAGAAACCUAUUGUUACAGUCACUGAGCAGCAGCAGGAGGACAAUGAGGUGUCUACUUCUAAGGAGACUGUAUGAUAUUUUCUCCAUGAAAUAAACUAUUCUGUUAGUUUAGUAUUUUUGGCUGUCUGAGAUUUCGUUAUUUAAAUCAAGACCAAGCUUUCAAAUAAAAUAAAAAAUUAAUUGCUACUGCUGGUACUAGUGAAGAAAUUGAUCAUUUUUCUUCA